CCAAUUGUGAUUAAUUUUAGAGCUUGGUAUAAGCUAAAAAUAUAUUACAAAUAACGUAUACACCUAGCGAUAAAUAAUAUGACUUUGUUUUUUGUGUCGCGUUAAAUAAACAAAUUGACAUUUUGCCAGUUUAGUACGUUUAAUUAUUGGAUUACAUAGCACUGCAUCUAUUAAGUUGUGAAACGAAAUCUCUUUAUACCUGUAAUACUGUGUAAGGGCGCGCGAUACCGUACUGCAAAUAAUGCGUAUGAAAUGAUGCGUUAUUCAGAAAUUACUCGGGAUAUAUCUUCCGAUAAUAUACGAUUCCAGGAGUAUUCGCAUGAGAACCUGUUUUUUGAGAAUUUGCGCGAUGAAUCUCCUCAAAGCGAUGUAUCAACGCAUAGUGGACCGGGAUUUCCUCUUAUCGGUACGUUGGAAAAAGAAGGUGCCAUUAAUAACCAACGGAUAAAAUACCAGCACUACAAGAAACACUCCAUGGACUCAGUAAAUCCAAUUGAAUCUAUAAUCGAUCGCAGCAAAGCUACAACUUACAAACGAUGUUCAACUCCCAGCAAAUCGCAGAGUUUACCACCAAACUCUAGUAUUGCUAAUAUCGAUUCAGUCAUUAUAAGUUGUUUGCGGGUUGCGCCAGAAGAACUAGCUGAUCAAUUAACACUGCUUGACUUUCCUAUCUUCACUGCAAUUCAGCCGGAUGAACUUACAAGCUGUGCAUGGAAUAAGAAAAAUAAAGCAGAACUCUCACCGAACGUAGUGGCAUUUACAAAACGUUUCAAUCACACAAUAUUUUGGACAGUGCAAGAAGUGUUAAACGGAAUGUCUGCCAAGGAAAGAGCGGAAAUUAUCACACAUUUCAUAAAGGUUGCCAAACAUCUUCACGAACUGAACAAUCUUCAUUCCUUGUUUGCAAUUACGUCAGCCUUGAAAAGUGCCAGUGUUUAUAGACUGGAUAAAAGUUGGUCGCAUGUUUCCAAAAAAGAUAAGCAACUUUUUGAAAAACUUGCAGAAAUUUUUCACGAUGACAAUAACUGGGCAUUGUUAAGAGUUUAUCUUGAAAGCCUCAAGCUUCCAUGUAUUCCUUAUCUAGGUUUGUUUUUGACUGAUUUAGUGUAUAUAGAUUUAGCUCAUCCGCACAAAAGUGGGUUGGAGCCAGAACAACGACGUGUUAAAAUGAAUAAUAUUUUGCGGGUGAUUUCAAAUUACCAAGGAUCAGAUUACUCAAGCAUUCAGCCAAUAGCAAGGACUCUCAAUUAUCUGAACUCCGUCCGGUAUAUCGAAGAACUGCAAAACAUAUUUGAAGAAGACCAAUACAAGAAGUCACUUUAUUUGGAGCCAUUACCGUCAUUAUCAGCGCUAUCAGUUGAAGUUAACAAUAGAAAAACUUCAUGUUCUAGACAAGCGACGUCAGUUCCAGGUACCGACAGUGGACAAGGGAACACGUCUUCGUUAGCAUUUUUGAAUUUGUCACCAGCAAAAUCUAACUCAAUGCGCUUUUCCAACUCACUUGUAAACACAGCUUCCAAUAGAUAUAUUGGACACAGGAAAUGUCGUAGUUUAGGGACAAACAUUUUUAACAAAAUUUCGUGUACAACUGUACAAAGUACUGAAAGUUCGGUUCAAUUAACUGAAUCAUUUGUCAAACCUCGGCAUUUGCUUGAUGAUUCGGUAAUGGAGAAUAAAGUAUCUGCAGAUGCCGCAUCAACUGGCAGUUCUGAUGGUGUUAAAGGAUUCGAAACUGAUGGAGAACUUCUAGGAUUCCAAGGUUGCUUAAGGCGGAAAACACUCAUGAAGCACAGACGUAAGUCUACUGUGUCUUCCUGGCAGCGGUAUUGGGUACAGAUAUGGGCAAAUUCGCUAAUUUAUUUCUCUCCUAAAACAUUCAAAGGAAAUGAAAGAAGUGACUACAAACGCGAACCAUCGAAAAUAUGUAACCUAGAAGGUUGGCAUGUAGAAGCGAAAGAUAUCGGGCAAAGUGAGACUUUUCAGUUAGUUAAUCAACAGCUCGGUCAUAUCUAUAAAUUUCGAACUGGUUCAACAACGCUAAAUGCACUUUGGUUGAAGGCUUUAAGCACUGUGAUCUCACAGCUCACUCCAGAAAUCGCCGAUAAACCUCAAGUUAAUCUGAUGUCGUUUGAGUAAUAAGUUUCUAUGUGAAAACGAUUUUAAAUGUGACAUUGCUUAACUGUAGAUAAAAUAUAGUUACAGCAUGGGCUCUCUAAAA